AUGGCGCCCCGUUUCUCUGCUCUCUUGGGCUUCGCCCUCCUUUUCGCGACUGCUCCUGCUUAUGCAAAGAUAGGGCCUACCGGAGACCUUGUCAUUGCUAACUCUGAGAUUUCUCCUGACGGCUACUCGCGGGUCGCUGCACUGCCGAACGGAGUUUUAGAUGGUACGCUCAUCAGUGGAAACAAGGGCGACAUCUUUCAGCUCAAUGUCGUGAAUAAUCUUUCAAACAAUAGCAUAUUGCAGAGCACCUCCAUUCAUUGGCAUGGUCUACUUCAAAAAGGCAGUAAUUGGGCUGAUGGGCCGGCUUUCGUGAACCAAUGUCCCAUAGCAAAGGGAGAUUCAUUCCUCUAUACGUUUGAUUCCGCCGACCAGGCGGGGACAUUCUGGUACCACUCUCAUUUAUCGACACAGUACUGCGACGGACUUCGAGGGCCCUUCAUUAUCUAUGACCCCAACGACCCACAUGCGGAUUUGUACGAUGUCGAUGAUGAGUCUACCAUCUUAACGCUCUCAGACUGGUAUCACACCCCAGCCAAGGAAAUCAGCUUCCCGACACCAGACUCGACGUUGAUCAACGGAUUAGGACGAUGGAGCAAAGAUCCCACAUCCGAUUUGGCUGUUAUCACUGUUGAGCAAGGGAAACGGUACCGCUUCCGUAUGAUCGACAUGGCUUGCGAGUCGUCUUUCACCUUUGCAAUCGAAGGACAUCUUAUGACGAUCAUCGAAGUCGAUGGUGUCAAUCACCAACCUUAUACUGUCGAUCAAAUCCAGAUCUUUGCUGGCCAGCGAUACUCCUUUGUCCUCAACGCCAACCAAGAAGUAGAUAACUACUGGAUUCGCGCGCUUCCUAGUGUCGGGACCUUCGGUUACACCCAAGGCAUCAACUCCGCUAUUCUCCGGUACUCUGGUGCGGCAGAGGGGGAGCCAGCUACAACAACGAUAUCAAGCGUACUGAAAAUGAACGAGACCGAGUUGGUGCCUUUUGAAAACCCUGGAGCUCCUGGAACACCCGAAAUUGGAGGUGUCGACUAUGCGCUCAAUUUGGCAUUUGCUUUUACCAGUAACCGCACAUAUACUGUCAACGGCGCCCAGUUUACGGCUCCCAGCACGCCUGUCCUGUUACAGGUCCUCAGCGGAGCAAAGAGCGCAGGCGAUCUUCUUCCUACUGGGUCGGUAUUCCCUCUUCCAUCCAACUCGACCAUCGAGGUGUCAAUGCCUGGUGGGGUUGUUGGCGGAGGCCAUCCGUUUCAUCUACACGGGCACACUUUCGACGUCGUCCGAAGUGCUGGGAGCUCCGUGUACAACUACGACAACCCGGUGAGGCGGGACGUUGUUAACAUUGGAACAAAGGGAGACAAUGUGACUAUCCGGUUCAGAACGGAUAACCCAGGACCGUGGUUCCUUCACUGUCACAUUGAUUGGCAUUUGGAGGCGGGUCUCGCCGUAGUUUUCGCAGAAGACACGGAUUCUUGGACAAACACUAUCGAUCCUACCGAACAAUGGGAUAAUCUGUGCCCUCAAUACAAGAGCAUGCCAGAGAGUGACCUAUGA